CCGCCCUCCACUAUGUCCCCGCCACCGAGGGGAGGCCAGACGGCGCCCAGCACUCCAACCGCCAGGCGCCAGCCAGCUGCCCCGACUGCAGAGAGCCAACGAGCCGCGGUUGCCGCCAGAUCCGGGACCGGCUGGCGUGGGAGGUUAACGGCCUAACGCCAACCCUGCUGGGCAUUUCAAACGCAGUCAACUCUCCUGGUCUUUCCGAGAUCUACGCGCUCAACCGUUUUUUAUCAUCUCACCUCGGAUCAGCGUGGAGCAUCCAAUUCUUUAACAAACGUGUUAAUCUCCUCCAGGACUGGCAGAGACAUCACUGUCAAAUGUCUUCUCCGGAUAUUCAGGACACACCAAGAAUUGUUUCACCUACAGGGGCACCCUUGUAUAAAGUUGCUCCCGUAACAAAGAUUCUAGUUGAGCCAAGCAAGGCAUUGAAGUCUCCUUUCUUGGUGAAACGACAAUCUCUUCAUCGACCAGACACCAAAGUACUGGAGGGUUUGUAUCAUGACAUUACCACUAAUCCAUCACCCAUAUGGCAAUACCUUGAAGAUCUUCCGGAAUUAGUGAAGAUUGAGAAAAUGAUGAACGAUGAGAAAAAGCAGAAAAAAGAAAUAGCAAUGAGUAAUUGGCUAAAUUUUGUUGUUAGCAACAUGGGCAGAGAGGAUGCUCGUGACUUUUGGAAUACCAAGUGCCUCGGUUGGAGGCACUAUGCUGAUUCAAAAUGGGCAGAAAAAUCAAUGAGUCGACAUUUGGAUCCCAAGGAUCUCAAAAAAGUAUUCUAUGCUGGAUCAGUACUGUAUAACGCUUCACAAUCACAUAUGGUAUUCAUCCCAGUCUUUCAUGAUCACCAAUGGACUUUAUACGCUUUCAACAUGUGUGAUCAGAAGCUCAGCAUUCUGGACUCUCGACCAGAUACCACUAAAGGUGCUGAUCCCACCAAGCGGCACCAGAAAACGAGAUGCAACAUCUGUGAUGCACUUACCGUAACCAUGAACUAUGCAAUUGAUUUUCGUAGCUGGGAGUACCAGUUUCCCAAAGUACCUAGACAACAGGACAGCGGUGAUAGUGGAUUUUUCGUAUUCAAUUUCAUGCGCUUGUGGGACGGCCAUCAACUUGUUCGAUGGUUUCCGACUGAAUCAAGGGAGCUGCGGAAGGAUUUUUUGGCAUACAUACUCUUGUGCAAGGAUGACAAUGUAAAUCUGCCCGAUGAAGUUUCUUUGAAGAUUAAAAAUCUUCCUGGGGAGAUGAUGGAUUGCAUAUUGCACAAGGUUGCGAUGGAAGGCACUAGACUUGGUACUGGGAAUCAGGGAGAGCAUGUCGGUGUUGGUCCAUCUAAUAAUGCACCAUCUGAUCAUUCAAUUAACGUGGGCACAGAGCUAGAGGCAUCUACUGAAAGCUCCAAUGAGCUUGCUAAUGCUCAUUCAAGUUCCAGAAGAGAAGCUGCUGCAGCGUCUAGUACCGGAUAUCAGGGAGAGCAUGGUGGUGUUGGUUCAUCUAAUAAUGCACCAUCUGAUCAUUCAAUUACCUUGUUCACGGAGCCAGAGGCAUCUACUGAAAGCUCCAACGAACUUGAUGAUGCUUAUUCAAGUUCUAGUAGAGAAGCUGAUGCGGCGCUUGGAUAUCAGGGAGAGCAGGGCAGUGUACCAGCUGAUCAUUCAAUUACCAUGACAGCGGAGCCAGAUGCAUCUGCUGAAAGCUCCAACGAGCUCACUAAUGCUCAUUCAAGUUCCAGUAGAGAAGUUACUGCAGCGUUUAGCACUGGAUAUCAGGGAGAGCAUGGUGGUGUUAGUCCAUCUAAUAAUGGGCCAUCUGAUCAUAAACUUACCAUAGAGGUAUCCACUGUAAGCUCCAGCGUGCUUGCUAAUGCACAUGCAAGUUCCACUAGAGAAGUCGCUGCGGCAUCUGGUGCACCAGAUCCUGCAUUAGCAUCCUAUGAUUUUCUUAGUACAUGUCAUCGAGUCACCUCCGAUGGGGACGGGGUGCUCCAUAUUGCUGCAAGGUUUGGAAAUGUUGAACUAUUGCAUGACAUCUUGGAGAACCAUGAAACCCUCGCAGAAGUGCUUUUAUUAGCAGUGAACAACAGUGGAGAUACACCACUGCAUUGUGCAGCUGCAAGAGGGGGUAAUGACAUUGGCAAACUUUUCUUGGGACAUUUAAUGAAAGAGGAUACAGAUACAGUAACUGCCAAUCUUGGUUGGAACACAAUUCCCAGGUUUUUGAACAGAGAUACAACACUGAAUCGUGCGGCUCCUGGAGUCAAAUAUUUUUUGAAAAAUAUGGAGGACGAGAACAAGGAUGGUAUUGCCAUGUUUCUGAGGGCCCAAAAUCUCAAAGGAGAAACGUGCUUACAUGAGGCAGUGCGGCACGGCCAUGCUGAGAUUGUGAAGGCACUAAUUUCGAUGGACGAAAAAAUUGAUUACUCUGGCUGGCCCGCGCUGGUACAGAUAGUGGACAAUGAGGGUAUAUCUCCACUGUACUUGGCUACCACUAUACGAAGGAUUGAGAUCGUUGAGGCCCUCACAAGAAAGCAAAACAAGUAUUCGGCAUCAUUUGCAGGCCCUGCAGGAAAAACUGCAUUGCAUGCUGCCGUGGUUCUCCUCGACGAAGGACUGGUUGAGAUUCUGCUGAAAUGGAAGGCAGGUCUUACAUCGCAGGUAGAUGAAUCCGGCAGCACUCCUCUGCAUUUUUUGGCAUCACUCUCCUUGGAACGCAGGGAACACAACACUAUUUUGUUCCUACUCUACAAGUUGCAACGAGAUCUUAAUAUUGUGAUAAAGUUUCUGUGCUGCAAACCACCCCAAGACUCGGGUAUCGUAGAAUUUAUUAUGGAAAAAGACCCACUUUCCGCAUUGUAUGUGGACUGUACGGGAUCGAUGCCCAUACACAUUGCCGCUGCACAUGGGAGACUUGAUACAGUAAAGAAGUUGCUCAAAGAGUGUUCUUAUUGCGAGACAUCACGCAAUGCUUCUGGCCAGACCUUCCUUCAUGUUGCAGUCGAGAAGGAAAAGCUCAAUAUUGUGGAUUAUGUUUGCGGUGAAAAGAAAUUCAACAAAAUUCUGAACGCAGAGGAUCAAGAUGGGAAUACUGCCCUUCAUCUAGCCGUAAAUAGUGCAAGUGAGAAAGUUGUAUGCACUUUAAUGCAGAACAGGGAGGUUUGCCUCAACUUUGCAAACAAGGAGGGGCGGACGCCUCUUGACCUGGCAUUCUUGAGGCUUCACCCUGAUGUGAUAUGCAUGAAGGGGCCUCGGGAGUGGAUAUUUUUCGACUUGUUGCAUGGCGGUGGUGAUUUUGGUGUCGGUAGUUGGGACCAGCUUGCCAAAGAUGUUGUUAAACCAGACUGGGAGAAGGAAUCGGAAAGAGUGGGCAAGUCGGCAUCCAUGCUGGCCGUGUGCGCGGUACUCAUCCUGAAUGCAGCACUCUUGGCGCCCUUCAACGUGAUCAAGCAGAUGGACAAGGACGCUCCCUUCAAUAUGCUUGCUUUCCAAACCUUUGUGGUUUCCGACUCCAUCGCGUUUGUCUGCUCUGCAGCGGCCACAUAUUUCUGUGCGCGUGCUGGUUUUGCCAUGUCAGAUGGCUGGGCGCGCUUGAAAAACCUGAUUACUGGGACAUUUGCCCUUGUUGUCGCAGCCCUGGGUCUGAUGAUCACUGUGGCUCUGGCACUCUUCCUGGUGUUACCUGGGGGUACUGGGUUUUUACCCAUUCUUAUUGCAGGCUUGGGCAUUUUCUCCCAGCUGUUCUUCGGCUUCUUAAGAUCCUGGGUCACAUCCACCUUUGCUCAUCUGAGAGCUAUAAGGGCUAGAGCUGGUACUCUACGACUCGUCUGCAUCCUGCUGUUUCAGCACAGUGCUAUACAGCCAGUGUGGGUGGUUCCUUCAGGAUCUACUAGUCUGUUAUGGUCAGUAGCAUUUGUCGUGGCUGCGUUUGCCAUAACCAUAUCACUCACAACAAAAUUUGCCGGGGGAGCAUAGUUAUGUUUUUUAUUUUUUUACUGAGCUUCAAGUAACUUUCAAGAUGUUGCCCUCGCCAUCUGUACUAUUACUUUCCCAGCCAUCUCUUUUUUUUUUGCGGGAUACUUUCCCAACCAUCUCAUUAGUAAUAAAUGCUGAAAUGGCAGAACUUGAUCUC